AUGGGUUGGUUUAGUAAAAAAAAGGAUCCUCCUAAAGAAGAAAAAAAAGAGGAUGAAAAAUAAAAAAGAUAAAGUAUCUCUUAGUAAUCUUAGUAAGAUCUAGCUAAGUAAUAUGAAUCAAACUAAGAUUAAUUUAUACUAGAUUCUAUUAUACAAUUUUUCAAUAGUCCUGUAUUUACAUCACCUGUCUUAGAUUUUUUAGAUGAAAACUGCAUUAUUUUCUAAGAUUUAUCUAAAGAAAAUAUGAAAGUCUAUUAAGAUAUUCAUCUGAAUUUCAAAAAGUACAUUGAGCAGUAACUAAUUAGCUUAUUGGAAACUAUUGGCUGUGAUUUAAAAACUAUACUUGAUCAUACCUAAACUAUGCUUUCCUAGAAGGAUUAUCAAAAGUAUUUAAAGAUUAUGAUAAUUUACUUCCACUUCAAUGAGUUUUGCAAGAUUAUGGUAUCAAGAAAUAAAAAACUUGAGGAGUUGGCAAGAUAAGGGAUAACUCCUUAGUAAAAAAACCAUAAUUAAUCUUAAUUAUAGUAGUAUGAAUCUGUUAGCAAAGAAGACAUUAGCUUUGCAAAAAAACAAUCACUUCUUGAUGAACAAAAUUUAAAAGAGAGAUAAAGAAUGAUAAAGUAGCGAGAAGAUGAAGAGUAUGAAAGAGCUAUCUUAGAAAGUAAAAAAUGGUAUGAGGAUUAUUUAAGAAGAUUAGAGCAAGAAGAAGAAGAUUUAAGAAGAGCUUUACUAUUAUCUCUUGAAUACAUGAAAUAGUAAGGUAUAAAAGAAGAUGAAUAAGAUAAAAAAGAAAGGCUAGAAUAGGAAAGAAAACUGCAAUAAGAGAAAGAAAGGGCUAGAUAAGAAAUUUAAAGAUUAGAAUUAGAGAACUAAAGACUGUAAUAAGAAAAGCUUAAAAAAUUGUAAGAAUUAGAUUAAGAGAAUAAAUUAUCCGAAAUGCAAUAAAGUUAACUUGUCUAAAAGAAUCAAGAAAAAUAAAGAGCUAUUGAAUUGGAAAAACUAAGAUAAAAAUAGUUAGAAGAAGAAGAAAGAAGGCUCAAAGAAUUAAACGAAGAAAAAUAAAGGUAAUUGUUGUUGCAAUAAGAGGAGAUGAAGAGAAAGCUAUUAGAAAAUUAAGAAAGAGUAAGGAAAAUGAAAGAAGAAUAAGCUCUAAAAUAAAAACAGUAGUAAUAAUAAUAAGAAGAAGAAUUAUAAAAAUAGAUGAAGUUAGCAGAGCAAUAAAAACAGAAAGCUGAUGGCUCUGAUAAAAAAGAAGAUAGUAAAUAAAGAUAAAUGGAUGCAAUAAAGAAAUAGCUUUAUGGCAAUUAAUAAGGAGAUAAUUAAAGCAAUAAAAAAAAUUAAUAUGUGGGUAUUAACUUAGAAUAAGAGCUUGGUUAUAACUAUGAAGAGGAAUAACAUGAAUAAGAAGAUUUUAUGAGUAAUUACACAAGCUAACAAGGAGGCUAAGGAAUCCAAAAUAAUUUAUUAUUAAUCAAUAACGAUAAUGAUGCUAUUUCUAAUAACAAAAAGAAUACAUAAGACAUUUAUAAUUAGCAGAUGAAUUACAACUCUUAGAAUAAAAAUUCAUCAUAAUCCCCUUCUUCUUCAAAAAACAAUAAUAAUUAAAUCAAUUCAAAUAAAUAAAAUAUUAAUUAUAAUGGAAUUAACGAAUUUUAAUUUCAAAAUGAAGAUGGUUAAAAUUUCGACAAUUAAAACUAAAAUCCAUACUAGAUAAACCCAAAGAAAUAUGAUGAAAAUGUUAGAAAAAACUUCUUUGAUGAUUUAUAACGUGAUUCUGCCUUAAAAAACCAAACAUUGUCAGAUGUUAAAAAACAAAAAUAAACAAUUAAAAAUCCAAAUUAAGAGGAUGAUGAAGACGAUUUUUAUUAGACAAAUGAAAACAAUAAAAGAAAUGGAAUUUAAAAAGAUAAGUUUGAAGAUCAGUUUGAUGAUUUAUAUAAGGAAAUACAUGAUUUAGACAUUGACACUCAAAAUAGUAGGGAAUAGCUUGAUGAUAACUAAAAGUAAAGAAAUUUAAAACAAAAUUAAUAAGAUGAUUUAAAUAAUAAUUUCGAUGGGACAGACUAUUCUUAAAGAAGAACACAAGCAUCACAACAACGUGCCCAAUUAAUAUAAAUGCUCAAACAAAAAAGAGACAAUGAUUUAUAAAAUUACUAAAGCAAUCAAUAGGUCUCAACAUAAAAUAAUGUUGGAUCUUAGCCAGUAUACGGAUAAUAAACAUCUGCAAAUUAAAAAACUAAUAUUUACUUAAAUAAUGCAACCUAGAAAAUAUCAAGAGAAGAUAGUUAUAAUGUUUCAAGAGAGUAAAAGGAAUCUGUAAAAUUUGCAGAAAUUGGUAAAGCCACAAUUCUUAAAAGACAAUUCUGA